AUGUCCGAAGGUCCAGUCGUAAAUGGCCUCUUCCGCCAUAAUAACACUACCCCUCCAGUGGAGCAAAGCGUUAUGGCCCUCUUCUCACUAAGAGGAAAAACCGCCGUCGUUACCGGCGCAGCAUCGGGAAUCGGGUUGAGCGUCGCGCAUGCACUCGCAGAGGCAGGCGCCAAUGUUGCGAUUUGGUAUAAUAGGAAUAGUAAAGCCGUCGAGGAGGCCGCAAAUAUCGAAGCCAAGUAUGGCGUUAAAUGCCGUGCAUACCAAAUAAACAUCCGCGACAGCGAAAAAGUGGAAGAGCUGUUAAAUACUUGUGUCCGCGAGCUUAACGGUCGCCUAGACAUUUUUAUCGCCAACUCCGGAAUUCCGUGGACUCAGGGUCCCAUGGUUGAUGCUCCGCUUGACCACUACAGAGACGUGACACAAACCGAUCUGGAUGGAACAUUUUAUUGUGCCAGAGCUGCUGGCGCCCACUGGAGAAGGCAGAAGACCGAGGGUACUGAUAUAUUCGGCAAUCCUCUUGAACGCUUCACAUACGGUAGCUUCGUUGCGACUGCUUCCAUGAGUGGCCACAUUGUCAAUAUACCACAACUCCAAGCGGCGUAUAAUGCGGCUAAAGCCGGAGUCAUCCACUUGUGUAAAUCACUUGCGGUGGAAUGGGUUCAAUUUGCGCGGGCCAACACAGUCUCGCCUGGAUAUAUUAUUACGGAUAUCUCGACGUUUGUUCCUGAUGAGACAAAGAGCAUUUGGAAAGAUAAGAUUCCAAUGGGCCGAGAAGCCCUGCCGCAUGAGCUUAAAGGUGCCUAUUUGUAUCUGGCAUCGGAUGCUUCAAGCUAUACGACUGGGGCCGAUCUUGUUGUGGAUGGAGGCUAUACUUUACCCUGA